UUGGCGCUGUUGUAUUGUCAUAAAUUCGGUGUUAAAAUCUAAUGAAGCUUGUUGAGCUAGAAAUUAAUUUCAUAAGAUGAUUUAAGUGAAGAUAGCAAUGGGUUAUACGAUUUCGCAGCGUAUCCUCGGCCUCUGGGCCCUUCGCGUCUUAGCCUAUCCUAGUCCGACAGGUGAAACAGAGAGAACAGCAGUUCCUCGGGAAAACAAUAAAUUGGGCUACCACGUCAAUGCUGGCGUCCUCCAAUACGUCAACCCAAAGAUAGGAACAUACGGCAUAUCGGCCGACGAUAAUGGGGGCAUGAUCCCGUCGGUGUCGGUGCCAUUCGGUAUGACACGAUGGACGCCACAGACACGCGAGAACUACAUAUCGCAAGUACCAUACUCAGACACGGAUGGUUUCAUUCAUGGAUUUCAAGCUACUCACCAACCAGCGAUCUGGAUGGGUGAGUUGGGGCAAGUGGUAUUGACCCCCGGAUGGACGCCGGAGGUGAAGCCGUUAUUUGAACAACGCGGCCUAGCAUUCCGCAAGGAGGACGAGUCUAGCACACCAUAUGUCUACGAAGUCCUCCUAGAUGCGGACACGCAAGGGGAACACGAUUGGGACUUAACGGAAGAAGCGGCGGGAGGAGGGCCUGUGCCCGGCGGUGCUGGUUCGGUCCCUGAUAAUGUCCGCGAAGGGGCGAACGGACGCAUUAGAAAACGGAGUGAGCAAGUAGGGAACUACACCCGCCAAAUCCAAGUUGCAAUGAGCGCAUCUGCCCAUACGAGUCAUCUACGGUUCGAUUUCAAUGCUACAGACGAUUAUCAGGCCGAUCAACCAGUGAAACCUUACGUUUCUAUCCAAUUUACUCGUCAGAACUGGACUGGGCAAGUCCAGAUCGAUCCGGAGAAGAAUGAGAUUUCUGGCAGCAAUCCGGAGCGCCAAGACUACCGACUCGGGCCUGAUAAAGCUGCAUCUUUCAGGGGCUAUUUUGUCUCCCGCUUUUCUGAACCAUUUGAAUCAUACGGAACUUCUCUUGGAGCUAACUUGUCAGAGGGGACCGAAAGCGCGUCGGGUGAGUUACUCGGUGCAUACGUGAGGUUUCGCGAAAACGUUACGCGAGUCGAAGUACGGACCGCAGUAUCCUUCGUCAGCAUCGACCAAGCCCGGAGAAAUCUAGAUAUCGAAAAUCCCGACGAUAGCACCUUCGAAGACACAGUUGAGAACGCGAAGUCGGCUUGGCUAGAGAAGCUUGGUCGGGUAACGAUUGAGGGAGUCAACUCUACCGAUAAGGAACAUGAUCCGCGCACUAUCUGGUAUACCGGUCUAUUCCAUGCUCUUCAGUACCCGAGCGACUUCUCUGAACCUGCCAGUAAAGAUCCUCAAGGUAGCCGUACUUUCUACAGCGGCUAUACUGACAGUGUUCAUGAGACAAAUGACUCGUACUAUCAGUCCUGGUCUAUCUGGGAUACCUACCGGGCAGAGCACUCCCUCCUAACCAUCUUUGCCCCCGAGCGAGUGAAUAGCAUGAUGCGAACCCUGCUCCAAAUAUUUGACUGGACUGGGAGGUUACCCAUGUGGGCCAACAUGGUCGAAACGAAUAUUAUGAUCGCAACAAAUGCCGAUGCCGUGUUAGCGAACGCGAUAUCUCAUGGGUUUCGCUCUUUCGACUUGCAGAAAGCAUGGACCGCCGUGCGUAAGGACGCGUAUGAACCUCCGGAAAAUGAUACGCAGUUGUUAUACUACGACCGUGAACCAGACACGUCCUACGAAGUGCGGGCGGGGUUGACAAGCUAUAUGGACCACGGAUGGGUCGACAACGACCGGUGGUCCGAAUCAGCCUCGCGAACACUAGACUACUCCUUCAACGACGCCGCAUGCGCCGUCGUCGCCCGCGUCGUCGGCAAGACAAACGAAGCCACAGCCCUCGAGAAACGCGCCAAGAACUACGCCAAAAUCUGGGACACACAGACGCAGUUCAUGCGCGCCCGGAACGAGAACGGCUCCUGGGCAAACGAAACCUGGGGCUGGACGGAAGGCGACAAAUGGGUGUACACAUUCGACGUGCUGCACGAUGCGGACGGGCUCGCCGGCCUAUUCACCGGCGGCCGCGCGGGCAUGAAGGCCAAGCUGGACGCGCACUUCGACGGCGGCCACAACAUGCACAGCAACGAGCCCUCGCACCACGUGCCGUACCUGUACUCGCUGAUCGGGUACCCUCACGCGGCGGCGGCGCGCAUCCGCGGCAUCGCGUGGGAUAAUUAUAAUGCGACGAGCGCGGGGCUCAGCGGCAACGAGGAUCUCGGGCAGAUGAGCGCGUGGUACGUUUUCUCGGCUCUCGGGUUCUACCCUGCUAAUCCGGCGAGCGACGAGUACGUCGUCGGCUCGCCGUUCUUUGAGAGGGUUACCUUGAGAUUGCCUGCUGGGGCGGCUACGGGGGGUGAAGGGGGCCGCGCUGGUGGCGGGGAGAGGAGUUUGGUUAUUGAGGCCCCUGGCGCGCCGGCGAAACCGUAUGUGAAGAGUUUGAGUGUGGAUGGUAGGUCGAUUGAUAGACCUGUGCUUCGACACGGCGAUAUUGUUGGCGCUAGCUUGAUUAAGUUUGAGAUGAGUGAGACGCCGACGGGAUGGGGUGAGGAUGGCGAGUUGUAGGUCGUCGUAUUAGGUAACGCAGGUAACGUAGGAUAAUGAGGAUGAUGUUAUAAAAAACCGCGGUUACGGUGCAUGUAACAAUUCCUGAGUUUUUGAGCUUCCCUGGUGAGCAAAAAGGAAUAUCCGAAAGGUUUUUUAAUAGUUGGAAUAGGGGCAAGGGGUAAUAUUGGUUGCAGGAUCGACCCGCAAUUAUAAGGUUUAAUGUUUGCAAGGGGCUUGUUUAUUUAUAGAACAGCAGACGACGUGCUGUUCCUGCAGUAAGGCAAUAGUAAUCCAGGGGUUCAUACAAUUCACGUGCCUACCUAGUAGCUCUCCCUUAAACUGGCUGUGUAAUCAAUGUACCUAAAGCUGGUGCCGCCUUGCCGGUCUAGAGGAGACGACUUUAUUUAGGUUGAGCUUCACAUUCAGAAAUAGAUCAUGUACAGGAUGAAAAGCCUGAUGAUAGAAAUGCUGAC